AUGGUGGCCAAGAAGUCCGCGAAAUCUGCCAAGCCCAAGGCUUCCGGCAAGUCUGGCAAGGGCAAGAAGAAGAGAGCUGAGUCCUACAGCUCUUACAUCUUCAAGGUUCUGAAGCAGGUGCACCCGGAGACAGGCAUCAGCAAGAAGUCCAUGAUGAUCAUGACUUCUUUCAUUGCAGAUACCUUCGACAAGAUCGCCUCUGAGGCAGGCAAGCUCUGCAAGUACAACAAGAAGGACACCCUGUCCUCCCGGGAAAUCCAAACGGCUGUUCGUCUGGUCCUCCCCGGCGAACUCGCGAAGCACGCUGUCUCCGAGGGAACCAAGGCUGUCACCAAAUACACCGGCAAAUAA